GGCCCCGGGGGCGGUGCCGGCGCGGCAGGUGCCUCCCUCCGCGGUCACAGCGAGGCCGCUGCUGCCGCUGCCACGUCAGGGGAGUUUCCCGAGGCGAGGCGGGCUGGGUCGGGCCCGGCCUUUCUCCUCCUCCGUCCCCUGCCCUGGCCCUCACUGCCAGAGACGCUGCAGAGGGAGUGAGCGGUGCCCGCUGCCAUGGAGGCCCGGUACAACCUCAAGAGCCCGGCUGUCAAACGUUUGAUGAAAGAGGCUGCAGAAUUGAAGGAUCCUACAGAUCAUUAUCAUGCACAGCCUUUGGAGGAUAAUCUUUUUGAAUGGCACUUUACUGUUAGAGGCCCUCCAGAUUCAGAUUUUGAUGGAGGGAUUUAUCACGGACGAAUAGUACUACCACAUGAAUAUCCCAUGAAACCACCCAGCAUUAUUUUGCUGACGGCCAAUGGCAGGUUUGAAGUGGGGAAGAAAAUUUGUUUAAGCAUCUCAGGGCAUCAUCCUGAAACAUGGCAGCCUUCAUGGAGUAUAAGAACAGCUUUACUAGCCAUUAUUGGAUUUAUGCCAACCAAAGGUGAAGGAGCAAUAGGAUCUCUAGAUUAUACACCGGAAGAAAGAAGAGCUCUUGCAAAGAAGUCACAAGACUUCUGUUGUGAAAUGUGUGGCACAUCUAUGAAGACAGCCCUUUUACCACUAACAUCCGGAAGCAUGUCAAGCCAGGCGGACAAGGAGGCUAAAGAGCUUGCCAGACAAAUUAACUUCAAGGCAGAAGUCAAUUCAUCCAGGAAGUCUGAUGCUGGACCCUCAAACACGUCAGGAUUGAACCACUCUGUCGCUUCAUGUGAGCCCCAGCAGGAUGGUGCAGCUAGGGCAUUCCAGGAUCCCACAACUGCAACGUCUGAAACUCAGAACAGCGGUGCAGUGGCCAGUGAAGAGCAUACUCCGCCUGUGUCCACUAACAUGUCUCUGAGUCCUCGGCAGCGCCGUGCCCAGCAGCAGAGUCAGAGACGGGCUCCGUCUUCAACUGACUUUAAUCGGGUACAGCAACCAAGAGUCAACAUGAACCAGACUGGAUCAACUGUUCUGAUUGUCCUUCUGACUUUUGCAUUGGCAGCUCUUAUAUUUCGUAGAAUAUGUUUGGCUAACGAGUAUAUAUUUGAGUUGUAAGGUUCUUUGUCGUAACAGCAGCGAUUUGUAUGCUUCAUUGAACAUUCUGUAUUGGGUAUGACGAGAACUGUUUACAAACUUUACUUUUUGUAUUUACGCUUAAAUCCUUAUGAAUGUUAAUGUACCUACAGAUACAUUACUUGUAAGAAAAGCAAAGUUGGACAUUUAACUGCUACAAGUGUUAAUUGAGUGCCCUCUAGAUACUUGGUGAAACAGUGCAGUGGAAUAGUAACAUUGACAUGUGGGAGGGGAGUCAAUUUGAGUAAUUUAUCAACUAGAAAAAGACAAUUUAAAAAAAGUGGCUGAAUCACUUUUUUAUGGAACAUAACUGCAAUUAGUCACCCCAUCUAAGUUAGGAUAAGAUUUGACAUUGGAGAAGGAAUAAUAGAAUGAAACACUACUAUGUGUUUGCAUCCAGUGAACUCUUAAUUUAGAGGGGAUACAGUUUUGUAACCACUUUUAUUUACCAUGACACAUUUCUAGAGGGGGGACGCACAUGAAUUGGUUGUGAUGCUGCUUUGUGUGUGUGAUAGGGGGAAAGAAGUAAGGGAGGAAGGAAGGGGCCAGAAGACUACUUGCGUUAUUUUGAUUUUUAUUUUUUUGGAAGAAAGAUUGGAUAAUCUUUUGCAAGAUUUGAAUGUCCUCUUCUAAUACUCUCAAUUGUAUAUCUUGGUUUUUUUUUAAAUUUGAAGAUUAUAUGAAACGUCUAUUACUGCAAUAGUUAUAAAUAUGUAAUAUAAUUAUUUACCCAGAGCUAUUGUCUUUUAAUUAUACCAGAAAUAUACAUAACGUGUUAAACUAAAUGUUUCAUAUGUGGUUUUAUUUACUAAAGAAAUUUUAAACCUUAUUAAAUGCUCAUAUAUAUAUUAACAUGCUUAAGAGAAAUAUUUAUUAAAACCUUGGUAGUAAUAAAGAAUUUCAAGCCAGUCUUUGGUUAUGUUUCAAGUAUCACAUGGCCUUUUGUUUGGAUUUUUUUUGUUUCAGGUAUUUUUUUAACCUAAAAUCACUAUUGGACCCAGAGGGUUUCUGCAUUAUUAGUUCAUUUACCAAUUGUUUAUUUUUUAUCAUGAGUGCUGUGAAAUCACAUAUACAAGCAAUAGACUUACAAUUUUUAGGAUUUUGAGAGGUUUUGUCUGUGAAUGUUUAAGUAUUGCAGCGAAGUAGAAGCAAGCAAUCAGUGGGAUAGCUUGCUUUCCUCUUCUGUUGUUGUUCUAGCUUUAAGUGUAUUCUAGCAUGUUUAUUUCAAAGAAAAUGAAAUUCAGUGAACUUUCUUUUCAUUGCUAUCAACCGUGAUAGCACUGAUUUAAGUGAGAUUCUCAUCCUGUUUCUCAGCAAGUAUUUAUCAAGCUGCCUGCAGCUUUCCGAAGUUUUGUUAAAUGUAGUAUGUAUUAGUGUUUUGAAACGUUAAAGUAGCUAUAAUUAUAAAAUAAGGAAAGCCCGGUGUGUGUCUAACAGGCAUGUGGAAAUUAAAAAAAAAAAAAAACCUACAAAAA